AGAAAUCCUCUCCGCUUCCUCCUUCCACACAAUCAAAACAUCCCCCAUAUAUACCCCUCCCGGCUCACCCAUUCCUCGCGAUCCCAUCCAAUUCCGGCGCCGGAGAAGACGCGCGCAGGCCUCCUUCCUCUGGAACCCCGCCGUCUCGAAGGGCAGUGUUUUCACGGACGACUUGGGUUCAACGGAUGAGCAUGUGUGAGAAAGAUCAAAAUUUGCCCUGGGGAUACGACCUUUUCCGGGACCCUUUUGCUCCCCCAACCGGGUACUAUGGGCCUCUUCCCGGUUACUGUGAUGGUAACUGUUGUGACCUCCAUUAUGGUAGAGCUGCAGCACAUCCAGAUGAGACACAGUUGCAUUCUUCUGCACUCACAUAUGAUUUGUACAACCCAUCAGUAGGCAUCUACCAUCCCGGAAGUGCUGAUGAGCAUGACCACGAGGAAGUAUAUAUAGAACCGUCUAGUUCCUCUCCAGGGCCAGGCAGUGACGGUUACUUUGAGAUGGAGGAGGAAGUAGGGAAGAGGUUUCACCCCAUGGUCCCAGUUCCCCAUGUCCCUAGAAUUAAUGGGGAAAUUCCAUCAAUCGAUGAAGCCACCAUGGACCAUGAAAGGCUGACAGAAAGGUUGAAGCUGUAUGAGUUAGUUGAACACAAGGUGAAAGGAGAUGGCAACUGUCAGUUUCGGGCACUGUCAGAUCAGCUUUACCAAAGUCCCGAUCACCAUGAGUUUGUGAGGGAGCAGAUAACUAACCAGCUUAAAACUAACCGUGAUGCCUAUGAUGGAUACAUUCCCAUGGCAUAUGAUGAAUACUUGGAGAAAGUUUCACGAAGCGGUGAAUGGGGUGACCAUGUGACUUUACAGGCUGCUGCUGACAAGUACGGAGUAAAAAUUUUCGUUAUGACAUCAUUCAAGGAUACAUGCUACAUCGAGAUCCAGCCUAAGGUUCAGAAGUCCAACAAAGUGGUACUGUUGAGCUUCUGGGCCGAGGUGCACUACAACUCCAUAUAUCCGCAGAAUGGUGAGUAGGCCUGCCAUUGGCAUGCCCGGUCAUCGUCGCCAAUAUGCCCCGACGUCUCAGACGACGAAGAGGAGGAGAUGGUGGCCGUUCUCGCACCACCAGCACCGUUGAUGACUGAAUCUUUGUCGAUGGAGCUCUGCGCAUGAUCAUCAUCUUUGUCGGAUGUCGGCACGGUGGAGCUUCUCUUCAUUCAGAUGAGGUGGUGGUCCGGGGCCAUCAUCAGUCAUCAUGGUCAUAUGGUCCUGCGCUGAUAUCCAUAUGACAAUAGAACUAAUGGCACUAUGAUUAAUAUCGAGAUAUAGAUAAAUGGGAUGGGAUGAAAUAAAUAUGGAACUGUCCCGUAUAUAGUUGGAGGCCGGUGAGUGCCUUGUAUUAUUGCUUGUAUUUACAAAUUUUGCCG